GGCCCCGCGCCACGCGGAGGAGGAGCAGCAGAUCCCCGGAGCACGUUAAAGAGCGAGGCCGAGCGCGGCGGGGAGGAAGCGAACGGCUCCGUGGAGGCAACGGAGCGGCGGCCGCAGAGCGCCCGCCCCGGCCGGACCGAAGUUCCCGGCGGCGGCUCGGCCGGGCCCGGCGGUGGGUGCGGGAUCGGGGCCGGUGCCGAGCCCGCAGCCCCGCACCAUGCCCGCCGCGCUGCCCAGCCUGCUGGCCUGGCUGGCGGUGCUGCUGCUCGGCAGGGCCCGCCCGGCCGACGCCUGCAGCUGCUCGCCCAUCCACCCGCAGCAGGCCUUCUGCAACGCCGACGUAGUGAUCCGAGCCAAGGCCGUCUCUGCAAAGGAGGUGGAUUCGGGGAAUGACAUAUACGGGAAUCCGAUCAAACGCAUCCAGUAUGAAAUCAAGCAGAUCAAGAUGUUCAAGGGCCCCGACCAGGACAUAGAGUUCAUCUACACGGCUCCGUCGACUGCCGUGUGUGGCCGGCUGCUGGACACCGGCGGGAAGAAGGAGUAUCUCAUCGCAGGCAAGUCGGAGGGCAACGGCAAGAUGCACAUCACACUCUGCGACUUGGUCUCCACUUGGGACUCGCUGACCCCAACCCAGAAGAAGAGCCUAAACCAGCGGUACCAGAUGGGCUGCGAGUGCAAGAUCUCGCGCUGCCUCUCCAUCCCCUGCUUCGUCUCCUCCUCGGACGAGUGUCUUUGGACAGACUGGGCGAUGGAGAAGAACAACGUGGAUGGGCGGCAGGCGAAGCACUACGCCUGCAUCAAGAGGAGCGACGGCUCGUGUGCCUGGUACCGCGGCAUGGCCCCCCCCAAGCAAGAGUUUCUCGACAUCGAGGACCCCUAAGCCAAACGAGCGCAUUCCAGUAGCCAGUAGAAAAAAACCUGCGAGAUGUUAGACUGGUCCGUGCUGAUAUCAAACCCUGGAGACAGCAUGAAAAUCUGCUCGGCCGCGGGGGUCACCGGCGGCUGCCACGUGCAUGCGGGGGGCAGGGACCGGGACCCACUUCGUCGCAGGCACCUGGCAGCCCACGGCCACACCGGGCAACUUGGGCUUGUGCAGGGCCAAGCAGGGCGUGGGGACCCCCCUGCCAGGGCCGCGACUCCCCAGCCGUGCUUGGCCCUGCCCUGGCAGCUGUGAAGGAAUCGAGCCCUUCUGAGUGGCGGGAGCUGCCCCGGCUGCGUAGCAGGUCUACCAGUGCCCCCGCCGCGGGAGCCGCCCCCGCAGCUCUGCCCAGGCAGCCCUGCCCACCGCAGUGCCCAGAGACCCCCGUCCCCUCCCCACCCACUGCCCAUCCCCUCCCCUCGGGGUGUAGGAAGGGCACCUCUCUGGGCAGGGGCUCCAGAGGGCUUUACCAUGUGGCAGAGCCCCUGGCUGAGUGCAAGGGGCUCCGGGCCUUUCACAGGGCCAGAGGACUCCCGUGCAGGUGCCUCGUCUGAAAAAGCUGGAAGGGCACGCUAGCAUGUCAGGGGUGACCCCCACAUGCACCCGGCCACUGCUGCCCCUCUCUCCACAUGUUCCUCUCUCCAGUGGGCUCCAUUCCCCUGCAACCUCCUGCAGAUCCUUCUGCAGCUGCCACUGUCGGACAGGUUGAGACCCACUGGGCUUGGCAGGGACCCCUUGGCAGAGCACCAGGAGCCAGAGCUCUGGCUGCGCAGGCACAGGGUGUCCAUCCUUGCCUCGUGCGGCUUUGGGCUGCGCUGUGGCCCUCAGCACCACUGCAGCCAGGAGAGCUCCCUCUUCCGUGGUGCAGGGAAUGGAGCCUGGAACCGGCGGCAGGGCAGCUGCAGGAAAACCUGUCCCCUCCAGUGGACCCCCUGCACUCCUCGGCCCCACAUUCUCUGAGCCAUCCCCACGCCGCAGCGGUGCUGGCGUGUGCCGCAGAGCUGCCCCGCUGCGAUGCCCGUGGCACUGGCACCCAAAGCGUGCCAGGAAUGCUCCCCGCGGCCCUGCACCGGGGGCGUUUUCAUGCUGUGUGUCCCUGUAAGGUUUGAGAUGUCGUACUGGACCAGUCUGGGCAAUUGCAACAUAUUAAAGAGAAAAAUUAAAAAGAAAGAAAAAGAAAAAAAAACCCCACCCAACCUUUACUCAGUCCCGACCGCGCAUCCCAGGCGCUCUGUAUGGCUGUACCCGCUGUGCUCCUGUCGCUGCUGCUCCUCUGUCUUUGACUUCAAUAUCGCCACUUGUUUUGCCGCCGG